CGGCAAGGCAAAUCCAAAUCUCUUUUCAUGCAACCCCAGAAAGCUAACACGGCAAAAUCAUGUCUUCGGGUGCCCCUAAUGAGGAGACCAAUGGAGAGGAGAGAGUGUACCAGCUCUAUUGGUGCUACCAAUGCCAUAGAUCGGUCAGAAUCGCUACUGGGAACCCAUCUGAGAUCGUCUGCCCUCGAUGUUUCGGGGAGUUUCUAUUUGAAAUUGACAUGGCCGGGCCAACACUCGUUGUUGAUUUCACGCAAUUUGAUCCCUCCCCGGAGGCCCGCAUAUUAGAAUCCCUAUCUCUCAUGAUGAAUCCCCCAGUCAGGUUGCAAAAUGGUAGCUCAGAUAGCAGGGAGAAUCAAUUACCCGAUAUAAGCCAUCGAGUGCCUAGGGGGAGAAAUCAGAAUGUUGAUGGAAGAUUUCAUGGAGGUCUGGAAAGUGGAAGACCAAACAGGUUUUGGCCUGGGAGGCCCAGGAGGCGAAAUCGUGUUUUCCACGAGAUGGAUGAUGACUGGGGCCCGGAAGCCGGAAUUAUGGCCCGCCCAUGGCCUUGGCCUAUGCCCACGAACGCUGGUCCUCUCCCUGUUGAACCAAAUCUACCUCCAGGAACAAUGUUGCUCCCUCCAGGGGUUCAUCCCCAGAAUUACUUCGUUGGACCGGGCCUGGACGAGCUGAUUGUGGAGCUGACUCAAAACGACAGGCCAGGUCCACCACCAGCGCCUGAUUCAACCAUCAAUGCUGUGCCAAAAGUGACAAUUUCGCCUUCUCAUUUGGUUAAUGAGCCAUAUUGUCCUGUUUGCAAGGAGGAAUUCAAGGUUGAUGGGGAAGUGAGAGAAUUGCCUUGUAAUCAUAUAUACCAUUCUGAUUGCAUUGUACCUUGGUUGAGGCUUCACAAUUCUUGUCCCGUUUGUCGCCAUGAGGUGCCAGUUCCAGGUGACAGUUGUACUCAGGAGCCUGAGCCCGAGCCCGAGCCCGAGCCUGAGCCUGAGCCUGAGGAUUCUCACAGAGAAGCAAGUAGGAGCCGGCGGUGCAGGUGGUUGAGGUGGAGGCCGUUGGCCUCUUUGUGGCCCUUCCGAGCAAGAUAUCGCCCGGUUAAUCCCUACGACAAUGACAUUGUCACUACUCGUCACGCUGACUCAUGGUGGCAUUCUUGCUCUAUUCUUUAACACCCAAUGGUGUUGUACCUGCUAGAAGCAUUGAUUUCAAUUUCAUAAAUCAACUGUUUGAUAGGAACUUAAGAACAUGAACAGAAAAGAGCAGUGGUGAAAGAUUUCUCAUCAUAUUGGUGGUGGAUGUAUGGCCGCGAGCUUUCUCUUGGGCGAUAGCCUGGUGCACAGGACUGCCCUUUAAGCUUUCCCUCAUCGGCGUGACAUCGACGAAUAAAGACAUUUAAGUAUUGACAUACACUGAGUUUUACGAGGAAAAUCCAUAUAAGUGUAUUUCAAUUUCCCAAAUUGUACAGUUCUCUUACUCUAUUGUAUUAUAUCUUACAAUUGG